AUGAUGCCUCUCUUCAAUGGGCUGAACCAGAGCAGUAUAAUAUAAUGAACUGUAGCGCCGCGGCAACAACACACGCGUCGCGGCGCCGUUAUCAUCGCGCGUAAUGGCUGCGGCUCUGUCUCGAGCUCUGAAAUUACCAGGUAAGAAAGCCUCAGAUCUGGGUGAAUACGACCCCCUGACACAGGUGGACAGUGAGGAUGAAACGGAGGACGACGAUCUGGUUCUGAAUUAUCCUCGUAACGGCCUGAGCCCGGUGGUACCUGAGUUAAGGGGACAGCUGGCGAAUGAGGAGUUUAACGAGGUGGAGUGGAGAGCUCAGGAAGAGGGGGAGGAGCAUCAUGCCGAGGGGGCGGGGCCAGGGCAGAGUCAGAGCAGAGACUCUGAAGAGAAGGCAGCGCGGGCACAAGGGACGAUGCCGACUGCCGCGUUCCUGCUUCCAUUGACUUGUGUGGCGCUUGUGGUUCUGCUGUAUGCGUUUCUCAUUCCCUGUCCACAGGGGGCGUCACACAACAGACCACAGUGGGAGCGACAGCUCGGAGACGUGGGAGGUGUGACAUCACCUCCUGUUGCAUUGUGGGAUGUUGAUGGAGACGGACUUGAGGAUGUUUUGAUUGGCGUCACAAACAUCUCCAACGACAGUCAGCCAAUGAACACACAGAGCAAAAAGUACAGUGUGGUUGCAGUGAGUGGAGAUAACGGGGAGCUGUUGUGGAGGAAGAUGCUCAGAGAACCACUGUUUUCAAUUCAGUGUGGACUGCAGACAGGAAGUACAUCAUCUGUAUGUGUCCUGAUCAGCUCUGGACACAUCAUCACCGUCAACACCUCCACAGGCAGAACAUGGUGGACAGCAGCUGUGGCUGAUAUCGAGUCUCCUGCUGUUCUUUUGCCUGAUCUACAGGGUGACACAUAUCCAGAUUUACUCAUCGCAACACUGCCUGCAGACCAGGUGUCUGAUUUGGCUCUGGUUUUAAUCUCUGGGAGAUCAGGAGCUCUGAUUGGCCGACCGGUGAACUUUAACCUCACUGCACAGGGAAAGCUGAUUGGUCCGCUGCUGCAUGAGAGUACAGUGACUGGAGCGUAUUACAUUCUGUUUGGAUUGGGCACCGUGGAGGGCGUCUCACUCGGCUACAUUUACAAGCAGGCUACAGGCAAGAAAGCUGGGUCUACAAUCAUUCAGAGGGACCCCAGCUGGGAGCGCCUGAGGAAGAGCAACUCAUCAUCAUCACUCAUUCAUAUCAGCAGUGGCUCUGAGCAGGUGGAGUUCUUGCUCCCUCUGGUGGCAGGUUUGUGUCAUAAUCACAAUAAUCUGGACAGCGUGUCUGUGAUGAACUCCAGUCGCAGUGAUUGGAUUCUAGUGUUUGGACCGAACAGCAGACUGUCUGUACUGACGGAGACGAACGCUCGAGCCGCAUGGACCCUCAGCCUCACCUCCAUACACAGUCGUCCGGCAUCCGGUCACUUUAACGACGACGGUGUUCCUGAUCUGCUCGUCCAUCAGUCCGCCAACGGUGUUAGGAAGGUGCAAAUAAUUGACGGUGCUCGUGGGCGGAGCUUAUGGGAGGCAGAGUUCGUGUGUCCUCGUCUGGCAGUGGAAGAUUUGACCGUUCUGACCACAUCCGGCCAAUCGGUGUUCCUCUUCUGGGCGGGAGAUCCACUCUCUCAAUCGCAGAACGUUACCAAGGCGGCAGCCGGUGAGCCGUUUCUGCGCAGACUCUUCCUGCUUCAUCCCAACUAUCCCAUGACUCUCCUGGAGCUGAGCAACACCACAGACACCAUCCUCACGGCCACAGUGAGCUAUGAGCAGCAGCAGAAAGAUGCGUCGUACAUCAGCGUGUCGUCUCGGCCCACGUCUGGUCUGGGUCCUGGGGUUCAGUUAGUCAAGAGUCUCAGCAUUAAAACAGCGAUUGCAGCGGGUCAGAUGAUCGAUCUGGAGGACGUGAACAGAGACGGCAGCUCUGUUAGAAUCACUGUCUUCCACAUCAACAGCUUUUUCAAACGUCUGUCCUUCAAACAGCAGUGAGUUUCAGCUGUGACAGGUCGUCGCUGUCGUCGUCUUCUGCCGCUGCUGGAAGUCUUGAUGUGUGGAUGAAUGAAUUUUUGGAUGAAGUUAUUUCUUUUUGACUGUACAUGAAUAUCAAACUUCACAACACAGACACAGGCCAGUAGAAAAACACUUGAAUAAACAAACACUUGAAUUAUGUGUAUAUACUUGAUCUAUUUAAAGUUUUAACGUUUUAAAGGUAUUUGAGAGGAUGCCAGUCACAAACACAACUACUUUUACUGUUGCUUUUUAAGUUAUUAAUUUAUCAUAUUUAUUUCUCGCUCCUGCCAGUGUUUUUUUAUUAGCUUUGCACGUUUGGUUUGUUUCUUCUGUAAGGAUGAUUUGAACUCUUUGUACAGUGUUUUUGAAAGAUUAAAACAUUUUGUGUUUUGUGGCAAUGACUAAAAUAAUAAUAAUGUAAAUACAGAUAAAUGUUAAAUUAAUGCUGAACAAUAAACAUUUUAUUCUACUGUAUAGUAAAGUGCAUUUAAUAUUUGUGUGCUUUUAAGAAACUCAUAAUAGGUUUUACUGUAUGUUCAACAUUUAGAUAAAGUGACAGUUCAGCACAAAAUGAAAAUUCUGUCAUCAUUUCUUUACACUCAUGUUGUGCUUACAGCUGUAAGGAGGUGAUUUUUUUGUAACUUAUUGUUUAAAUUAUAUUAAGCUGGGAGACCAGCUAAAACCAGCUCACCAGCUUAUGUUGGUCUUAGCUGGAUUUUUCAGCAGGGCACGUCCCGCCUCUUUACCCAUUUUGGUUAUUUGCGAGUGAUGCGUGGUGACACGCAGCCAAGAUGUUAACGCGGACACUACAUCCAUAUUUUUACUAUGGUUUCUUUAUUCAAAAGACAUUUUGAUAGUUGAUGGUACCCAUUUACUUCUGUAGUAGGAAAAACAAAUACUAUGAAAGUCAAUGGGUACCAACAAUGGGUGUGUGCUUACCAUCAUUUAUCAAAAUGUAAAUAAAGAAACUCAAUGAGGGCAAAGAAAUGAUGACAGAAUUUUCAUUUUGGGGUGAACUAUUGCUUAAAGGCGGGUGCAUGAUUUCGGAAAGCCAAUGCUGACAUUUGAAAUCACCUAAAUAAACACACCCUUAUCCCAAUAUAAUCUGGACUUCUUUUCAUAGACCCACAUAUGCAACCCAGGCAACGAUGUAGUUUAGUUGACACGCCCCUUACUGCUGAUUGGCUACAAGUGUGUUAUUAUGCAAUCACGUCCUGUAAAUCUGUCUCAAGUGUAUAAUGUGUCUGUGUCUGUAGCAGGGGUGUCUUAUUAAGUCUCGUGUUUAUCUUUACUGGAGGUUUAAUCCUGUAGAUCAGUGG